GAAUUCCCAUCGCUGCCGGCGUAAAAGCGCCACCUUUGCCAGCUCCUCCCGUCCCUUUCCGCUCCCGCGCCCGAGAAUUUAUUGCUCGAACGCGCGUCCCGUCCGCCAGUCCUGCAACUCGCGAUGCCCCCUCUGACGAGCAGCCCGGCAGGGACGCAGCCUUUGCAGUUUAAAUGCUCGAGCUAGUUUACCUGCAAGAUUCCCUCUCCCCGUCUGGCCGUCUGGGCGUCUCUGCAGUUCUGCAUCGCCCGGCUCUGAACUCCCGCCUCCGUAGCCCGUGCGGUUGCUCGUGGUCGUGCCUCUCGAUUGCCGGAUAGAAUUGGGAUGUUUUAGCUGCGUUUUCUGCUUGGAAAGCUUCGAGUUCUUGGUGUUUCUAUCCUUCCCUGCAAGAGCUGCAGGCUUCGGACUCUGUAUCAAUGUUGCCAUGCUCAGAGGCAACGUUUAUGAUCAGAAGAAGGCAAUGAUCAACUUGUUCGACCGUGGCCUUGGGAUGUCUAACUCGAACAUGCUCACAGAUCGACCUCGUAGAGAUGGUUCUCCAGCUUGUAGAAGCAGGCAAGAUGUCAAGAGAACAAUUGAUCCUGCAAAAGUUUAUGCAGAGGACAAACUAGGAGCUAGUAACUGGAGCUCAACAAGCAAUAAAUCAAAUGCGUCUCCUUUAAAUGUUGUAUUGGCAAAGGAAAUGUCCAAGGAAUUGGAGUCGAAGAAGAAGCCACCAAGUGUCGUUGCCAGAUUAAUGGGACUUGAAGAUGAUCUACCUGGUCAAGGGGCAACGUUACAGUCUGCUAAAAGAAAUUUGAAGAAAAGCCACUUAAACAGCAAUUCAGCAGAAAGAAACAGUCUCCAUCAACAUCAAGAGCAGUACAGUUCCACUAUGACAACACGGGACAUACACAUAGGACACAAAGAAACUGUUCAGUUUAAGGAUGUCUAUGAAGUCAGCGAAGAACCAAUAAGAACAUACCAUCUUCAGGACCAAACUUUUCCUAGCGGGGCGUCUUCCAGGAGCAAGAGGGACAUAAGGAUGGAAAUUGUUCGUCAGAAGUUCAUGGAAGCAAAGCGCCUUGCUACAAAUGAGAAACUACUCCAUUCAAAGGAGUUUCAAGAUGCUCUUGAGGUUCUCAGUUCAAAUAGAGAUUUGUUUCUUAAGUUUCUUGAGGAACCAAACUCUACUUUCUCAAAGCAGCUGGCUGGACUUCACAAAAGCCCAUCGCCACCUCAUACAAAGCGUAUUACUGUGUUGAAACCAAAUAAAUCUGUUGAUAAUGAAGGCAGAAGGGAAAUUAGAACACACAGAAUAAAUGAAGAACACGAACACGUGAUGCCGAGGACUCACCGGAGAUCUCAUUCAGCAGAAGUUACCUUCUCCCAGCCAACUAGGAUAGUGGUGCUGAAGCCUAGUCCUGGCAAGCCUAGUAGAACAAUGGCCAGGCUAACACCCCGAGCAGCCCCAGGUCAGCUGACCGAGCAGAUAGAUUUCUAUGGAGGUUUAGAAGAUGACAAUUACCUGCCAGAUGGUCUACAUCGGCGGGAUGAGUCAUUAUUAUCUUCUGUAUACUCAAAUGGGUAUGGUGGAGAUGAAAGCUCUUUCAGCAGAUCAGAAGUUGACUACAUCGAUGAAGAUGGUAACCUAAGUGACUCCGAGAUAGUCAGUCCAGUAUCGCGGUCGCGGCAUUCAUGGGAUCAUAUCAAAAGAUACAACAGUCCUUAUUCAGGCUCAUCUUUCAGCAGAGCAUCACGAUCACCUGAGUCAUCUGUUAUCAGGGAAGCCAAAAAACGGCUUUCGGAAAGAUGGGCAUCGGUAGCAUAUAAUGAGAUCAACCAAGAACAAAUGCGAUUACCAAGAAGCUCAACCACUUUGGGCGAGAUGCUCUCCCUUCGAGGAGCAAAGAAAGAAGUUGGUGGGGUGGGUUCUGUUUCAAGUAGUCAGCCAUGUGAUGCAGAAAAUGAGCUGACCCUGCAAGCUACGUGUAUAUCUACUUUUAUAGAGAAUGAAGGAGAUGGGCAGAGCUCCCCCAAGAAUUUAGCAAGAUCAAAAUCUGUUCCAGUGUCAUCGUCAAAGUUUGAUAACAUAGCACCAAAUGCCCCAUCAUCCAAUUCUGAAGGCUGUAAAACACUAAACGUGGUUACAAGGUCAGAUAAAGUAAAGUCAUCAUUCAAAGGGAGAGUUUCGAGUUUUUUCUUCCCAAAAAGUAAAAGGCAGUUAAAAGAGAAAAUCACCCUAUCUGCUAGCUCUGAUGAGAAGGUUGAAGUCACUUGUUUUGGCAGCAUGAAACCAGAGGCUGCUCAAAAUAUUGGCGCUGAUGAAAAUAUGUCAUUUCGCGAGGACAAAGAUGAUAGUUCGACUACUCAAACAAUCUGUUCUUCGAAAGAUAUUGUUUCCAUUGAAGCACCUAUUUGUUCCGUCUGUCCAAGUGGACAUUUUGAUGGAUUGAGAUCAGGUGGAGGUCUGAAUGGUACCCGUGAUGAGCCGAGUCCUACUUCAGUUCUUGAUGCAUCAUUUGAAGAUAGCAACAUUAAUGAAUCUGAAUCAUUGAGAAGCAUUACUUGUGGCAAUGAGAGAAUUGGCUUACGAUCUGAUGCAAUUGAAUCUGUCACACGCUCAUUAUCAUGGGAGGAUAUGAGCUCUCCUUCACCUUUACUUGGUAUGACAAAGUUGACCCAUCUCUCUAGUGGGGACAAUGAUGAACUAGAAUGUGUUGCCUUUGUACAAAGGAUUGUAUCAUCUUCUGGGUUAGGCGAUCUGCAGUUGGGUACGGUUUUCACUGGCUGGCACUUGCCUGAUUGCCCUCUGGACCCUGCAUUGUGCGACAAGUUAUUGGACCGGAAAGAGGAGGCUGCCAAGUCGAGGGAGCGAAGGUCGAACCAAAAGCUUCUUUUUGAUUAUGUAAAUAUGACCUUAGUUGAGAUUGGCCAGGACACCUUACUACGCGCCUAUCCCUGGAGUCAAGCGCGUUCAAUGGCUUGGAAAGAGUCCCUAUCUCUAGAUUUGGUGGAAGAAAUACCACAUCUUAUGACGGAUUGGCUAUAUGGAUCAGGGAAGUUUGCAGUGAACGAGAACGACGACGCUGGGACAAUACUGGAAAGAAUUAUGCAACAGGAGGUGGAAGGAAGAGGCUGGGUGAAGUCCAUGAGAUGGGAAUUGGAUGGGAUCACAGAGCUGAUUGCAGGGGAGGUGUUGGAGGAACUAGUAGAAGAAACCGUGGAUGAUCUCGCAAUUUGUUCUCCACACCAAGAGAUGCCAAUGGCAACACUGCAGCUGUAG